AUGGACAGCCUGUGUGUAUGCUACCCUACCCGCUCGGUGUGGACUUCGCCAAGGGGUUCUGGGGGGUGUUUGUACGCCAGUGCCAUGACCAUUCAUCCCACGUGUCCGCCGUACCCUGAUACCUUGGCGACGGACUUGCCUCGAUUUAACCGCAUGGUGGCGGAUUCUGGGGCGGCGCGGACUCCGAACCGAACGUUUGGCUACGCGCUAGCAUCUCGGAAAACCAUGGCGGCGGAAUCCGCCACAUUCAACCUGACGCAUUUGAAGCGAGCGAUUUGUGGGGCAGAGACCAUUCAUAUCGAGUCGUUGGUCGCCUUUGCAGACAAAUUUGAUCCUGCUGGGUUUGACCCCACAACAGCACAACGACGUGGCGACGGCCGACCGCAUCCUCCGGUCUGUCCGCCACAAAUACCGCCGCGUGCUGUCGUGAUAGAGGGCGAGCACUCGAUGGGCGGCGACAUCCCCGACCUCCCGGUGUUCGUCGCGCUCAAGAGGCGCACAAGUUCUAUUUGUCGGUGA